AAAGGAUUAGUGUCAUAUCGGCGUUCGAAUUGAAUGGAAGUGCAGUAACUAAAAAAGUUUAUUAUAAAAAGUACACAAUUUUUAAGCUUUUACGUUAAGUGAUAACAAUGUCCUCCCGCGAAGGCGCUUCGAAAAAGUUGGGUCGACCGUCGAUCAACAUCGCCAUCAAUCCGAGCGCUAAUCUGACUACUUUGGGCACCCCCUCGGCAACAACCCCCGGAACAGCAGGAAGCGGAAGUAGCAUCCUGAAUGGCCUGGACGGGGCCAAUGGGGACUACGUGCCGGUGUUCUUCGAUGAAAUCUCGCAGAUCAUGCGAGGGUAUGGGGAUUGUGAGAAACCGCUUCGGGAAUCGGUUAUUCUGGUGGAGAAGAUCGUCCUGCAUCAACUGCGAGGAAUCAUGCAGGAAGCGAUUGAUCAUGCCAUGUCCCGGCAGAAUUCUCCGGUGCUGUCCCGGAGGGACUUUGAGUACAUCAUGAGAAAGAAUCCGGUUCGGGUGGCGCGGCUGCAGAAGUACUUCCGGGACAUGGCCUUCGUGAAGAAGAAGAUGAAGGAUCUGUACGGGGAUCGGUUCUCGGGAUUGGGGGAUUUGGGCUCGAAUCUGGACGAAUCGGAUGAGGACUCGGAUCGGGACGUGGCGGAGAAGUUUGACGAGGAGAAGGUGCGGAGGUUGUUCCGGGCGGAUCGCAUCUCGCAGAUUCUGGCCGGAAAGCAGUACGAGGAGUUCAAUUUGGCGCGGAGGACUUCGUUUAUGCACCGUAACACGAAUACGAUGAAGAACCGGAUGAGGACGUGGUUGAACUUUCCGGAGGAUGUGAUUAUCUCGCAGAGUUGCUUGCUGACGCUGUCAUACUUGGCCCAUGAAACGAUUGCGGUGCUGGUGGAUUUCUGCAUUCUGACGAGGUUGAAUUCUUCCAAUCGGACCGUGGAACCGUACAGUCGGGUGACGUCGUCAGGCACAUCCCACGCAAUGCUCCACCUAUGCCCUGAGGUGACCCACGGUCGAGGCGUCGACGGCGUAAAACCCAUCACUCCCCAGGAAAUUCAUGAAGCAAUGCGACGACACCGGCAGAUGGCAACCCAAAGCCUGGGACACUUUCGGAACAAUGCUCUCAACUGUAAGACGCCCUAUCUGGCGAUGUAAGUUCCAUCAGGUUCAUUUCAUACGAUGAAAAUAGAAUAACAUUUUCAAAUCAUUAAAAA